AUGCCUACUGCAGGCACCGCAGCCGAGCUGGACUAUGCACUGGUCCACCCCCGGUUGGCCUCGCAUCUUUCGCUUGAGCUUGCCUGGGAUGUUCCCUUUAAGCCCCAUGCGGCGCUUAAGUGCACCCUUCCUCUUAAGUCUUUGCAGGACCUCCAGCCAAAUUUGCGCUCCAUCACUGACUCCUUUGACCCUAUUCUUGAUGACCAGCGCAAUUUGCAACCCCCGGUUGUGUCACCGCAGAGGGUCACCCUCCUGGAAAUCGAGGCUUGUGACCCCGCCUCCCUCGCCUUUGCGGAGUUUUCUGCCACCGCUGAGGCCUCAGGUUUACUCGGUAGGACCAUGGGCAGGGGGGUAAACUUGCCGACGAUUCGUCAGCCGGCCGUGUCGCAACCCCCCAAUGACUACCAGUGGUUUGGUCACGAGCACUCUGUCUGGUCCCAGCUCGCAGGCCGGUUCAAGGCUGGGGGGCCGCCCAAUGAAACCCUUUCCCUGCUCUCCAAGCUCGGCCCUGAGCAUCAUCAAUGGGCAGACGAAGCCCGGGACACUGUUUCAAAUCAUCGUGACCUCGCGGCCCUGAGGUCCCAUGCUGAGGCGCAGGCCAAGCUUGCUAAGACCGCUCAGCAGGGAGCGCAGGCGGAGUCAUAUCAACAAUGGCUGUUUGGAGCCCUGUCGGCUGGCAUGGGGCCGGUGUAUCGUGCUCUUAAAAGCCACGAACAGACUCUCGCCCGGCCCUUUCGGGACCAGUCGGCCCUUGCCCGGGCUUACUGUCGCAUGGAGUUCUGGAGCCGCAUCUGGGAUGCGUCAAUUGUGCCGCCGCAGCCUCACCUGUCUGCAGAGCGCCUCGCCUUAAGGGCUGAGGCCCUGCAGCAGGCGCAGGAUCUGUCACCGCUAUCUUGGGAGCAGGUCAAGACAGCGAGCCUGGCCACGGGCAACAAGAAGGGAGGCCUUGAUGGUUGGUCGUACAAGGCUCUGCGUAACCUCCCUGACUUCUGCUACCGACAGCUUGCGGGGCUCUUUCGUCUUGCUGAGACGGACCUUACUUUGCCGCUUCAAAUGCUUACGGUGCAGGUCGCCCUUCUUGCAAAAACCCCAGAAAAAGAGCGCCCCAUAUCUCUCACAUCGGUCCUUUGGCGAGUGUACAGCAAGCUGCGACGCCCGCUCCUGGAGAGCUGGUUAAAGGAGUACGCGGCCUUUGCCCCUUUCGACUCCGCCACCCCAGGACACACUUCCCUUGACCCAGCACUUUCUCGCUUGAUCAAGGCAGAAGAUCAUAAGUUUCGCAAAGUUACUUUCAUAACUUUGUUCGUUGAUCUUGAAGGUUUCUAUGAUGGGGUAGAUUUUUCUCGACUGAUAUCACAGGGCAAAGCUUUGUCAUUUCCACCCUUGCUUUUGGAACUUAGUCUUCAGCUUUACAAUGGGCCUCGUUGUCUCCAUGGCGAGGGGGUCAGCACUGUUGCUUUGUGGCCCCAGAGGGGCAUCCUUCAGGGGUGCCCGUACGCACCCACGGUUGCAAAACUCACCACUCAUGCUCCGCUGCAGGGCAUCUCCCAGCACCGUGGGGUCAGCCAUGCUGAUUUAUGGCUUGAUGACAUCAGUGUCGAUGUGUCUCAUGCUGACCCGGAGGUUGCGGCCUCUUUGGCCCUGUCGGCCUCCAGGAAAUUGGAGGCCCUGCUUUCCGUUGAGAAGCUUCGCAUUAACAAAACCAAAACCAAGUUUGUUGUCAAUAGUGCCAAGGCGGCCAAAGCACUCAACAGUAUGCGUGUUGAAGGCGAUCCUCAGGUUGCUGACUUGGUCCGGGACCUUGGACUUGACUCGGCAGGUGCCAAGCGCAGAAGGGUUACGCAUGCUUUGAAACGCUUCAAGGUCGGCCGCGCCCGAAACCAGAAACUUCACCAACUUGGCACAGGCUGCAAAGCCCACAGGUUGUAUGCCACUUCCAUUCUUACGGCCGAGAUCUAUGGUUGCCAGGGACAGGGCUUGUCCCCCAAAAGGCUCAAGGUCGUUCGCGCAUCCAUCUCCAGGCAUGUUGGGCGGUCCAAGUGGGGCUCUGUCGACGUGUCUCUGGACUGUAUGUCCUUUCGUUGCCAAGACCCAUUGUUGACAGUUGUCCUUGCGCAGGCUGAUGCUUUGUAUAAAAUGUUCGGCCCCUCCACGGCACAAGGCUGGGAAAUCCUAGCCCGCACCUGGAAGGUGGCCUGGACUCGCCAAGAGGCGGCCGUGCAUGGAUGGAAGUGUGUUGCAGGCCCGGUUGCUGCUAUGGUGCAGUAUUGUAUUGAUUUGCGCAUCAAUGUCAGUGAUCCUCUGCGCUGGGUUCAUAGCAGCGGGGUUCUUCUGCUUGAUGUCACCAACCCUGGCCUUUUCCUGUCAGUUCGCCGCUUUCUCACUCAGGUUGUUGCCCUUGAAAGGGCUUCCCGCUUUGGUGCAGUCCUCACGGCCCAAGGUGCCCAGCAAGGAGUUGACUGGUCAGUCCACCGAAAGCUCUUGAAGGUUUCCAAGCUUUCAUCCCCGCGAUGGGCCUUUCACGCCGUGUGGCAAGGACGCCUUCUUCCGCCGGGCAGCACGGCCACCACUGGCAGCUUUGACCUCACAGGUGAUUGCAAGCCGGCUCUCAAAGCCCUGGCCUUUGAGGCUGAAUUCCCUGGUCAGCUUUGGCGCCGCGAGCUCAAUGCCAAAGCAGACACUCUCGCAGGGUUGGUGGAGUCUCCACCCGAUCUAUUGCCAGUGCUUUUCAAUCUGCCAGCACCUUCGGCCCAAGGCCUGCUAAGCAUGGCGCCCAAGCAAGAAGGGCGGCACAUAUCCACGCAACUCCGCCGUGAGGAGCGGGGACUAUCAUGGAAAUCAGCGGCGACGAUUGACCGACAGCGGGGACGUAAGAAAGCCCGCAAACAGAAGAAGCGCCGCGAACAAUAUGAGCACGCUGGCAGGAGAACUGAGGAGGCUUGGCCGCCCCCACCACCUCCACCAGGACCUCGUGCGGAGGCGAGACAUCGUGAAGCUGAAGAGCUGCCGUACGACUUGGAGGAGCCCUCGCCUUCAGGGCUGAGGGCUCCCUCCACUGCGGCUGCUUCCAGCAGCCAGGGCCCAGCACGGGAGGAGCCCUCGCCUUUAGGGCUGAGGGCUCCACCCCCUACUGCUGCUGCAUCCAGCAGCCAAGGCUUACCUUUGCAACGACUUCCAGAAGCUGAAGAGCCACCGGUGGACCAGGACGACUCCAGCAACUGUCUUCAAUCUGACAGCAGUGAGACACCACAGCCUGCAGUCGCGCUGAAAGAUCGCCCAAGUGACUUUGGCCCUCUUCUUCAUGAGGAUGGCCUAAUCACUUUCUUAUGUGCAGCUGCGCCCCAGGUGAAGCAUCCGGUGAACCACUACCAGUGCCUUCCGGAAAGCCUUGAAGUUUACCAUGACUUUGUCACUGGUGGGCGAACAAAAGCUGCUCGAGCGAGACGGCUGGGGUUCGGAAAGUCCCGGACAGUUUACGUUGACCCUGGCUCCUCGGAACACGUUCUAAAGUUGGCGCCUCCACAAGGUCACGGGCCAGAACCGGAAGCUUGGAGACGGCUCCCUCAUAUAGUGCCGUGCACUUUGGAUGCGGGUAUUCACCUGCUCACGCUUUCUUGGAAGAGCUGCUAUGAUAUCAUCUCCACGCAUGUUUUGAGGCAGUCUAGGCUCACUCCACUUUCGGUGUGGAGGCCAGCUCCGCCGGACCUUGAUAUGGUCCGCUACAUGAUGGCACUGACUGCGGAGGCCUCCCGUUUCUACAAUCUCAAGGAUCUUGGCUUUUUCAACUUUGGUGUUGAUGCCCGUGGCUUCAUUAUGAUGUGGGACACCGCAGACUGGCUUCCAUGGGAGGGUCAAAGGGCACACUGGCCGAACAGACAGCGUGCCUCGGCUUUCUGGAGCGCGGUCAAGAGGAGUGUUCCAGACCACUUUCAGGAGCUACUCCAGCUUGUCAGCAACGCCUCGCCUGAGGAGGUGCUGCAACGGCUACGACCACUCCUUACGCAGCACUACAAGUGGUGCCUGCUACAGCAGGGAGUUUUCCUUGGUGACUAG